CACGGCAGCUCGACUCCUAUCCCACUCACCGACCCAUUCCUACCGAUCUCCACCAUGUCUCUCGCGACCAAGACCCAGUCGCAGAACAUCUUUACGAAACUAAAGGCAAAGCCCGCGAACAAAAUAUGUUUCGAUUGCGGCGCAAAGAACCCAACAUGGAGCUCCGUGCCUUUUGGUAUCUACCUGUGUCUUGAUUGCUCGUCGAACCACCGCAACAUGGGCGUGCACAUCUCAUUCGUGCGAUCAACGAACCUCGACCUGUGGCAAUGGGACCAACUGCGAAUCAUGAAGGUCGGCGGCAACGAGAGCGCAACCAAGUACUUCCAGUCACACGGCGGCUCUGCUGCGCUCGCGAGUAAAGACCACAAGGCCAAGUACACAAGCAAUGCGGCUACCAAGUACAAGGAGGAGUUGACUAGGCGCUGCACCGCCGACGCCAGACUCUACCCCGAGGAGGUCGUCAUAACAGACGUGCCCGACGUGCCUGGAAGCGACACCAACACCCCCGCCGGCGAAGACGACGACUUCUUCUCCUCCUGGGACAAGCCCGCCGUCAAGCGACCCUCGAACCCGCCCUCACGCGCCGGCACACCACGCGUUGGCUCGCCGUUCCUCAAGCCAGGCGCCAACGGCAAUGCCACAGACCGCCCAAAGUCACCGCUCGUCGGAGCCUCCGACGCCACCACGCCAGCCGCGAUCCCCGCCGCGAAGCCCACAGUACGAAAGACAGCCGCAGGCGGUGCGCCGAAGAAGAAUAUUCUGGGUGCAAAGAAAAAGGGUCUUGGCGCAAAGAAAGUCGUUGCUGCUGACGGCGGCCUCGACUUCGAAGAAGCAGAACGCAAAGCCCGCGAGGAGGCAGAGCGAAUUGAGAAGCUAGGAUACGACGAAGCCGCCGAAGCCGCCGCGACCUCGAAAGCCAAAGCCCCUGAAGCAUCCGCCGUAGUGGCACCCACACCCGUUGCGCCGCCUCGUGGAGGGUUUGGAACGACCGCCAAGCCCGAGCAGGAUGUGGAGAGACUAGGCAUGGGCGUACAGCGUCUUGGAUUCGGCCAAGUGGGCGCUGCCGCAAAGAAGCCCGCUGCGCAACAGAAGAAGAUGGGCGGCUUUGGGAGUGUUGGCAAGCCCGCCCAGGACGACGGCGAAAAGUACGCGCGCGACAAGUUUGGCACGCAGAAGGGUAUCUCGAGCGAUGAGUUCUUCGGGCGCAACGCAUUUGAUCCUUCGGCUACGGCGCAGGCAAAGGAGCGGUUAUCAGGCUUCGAAGGCGCAACGUCCAUCUCGUCGAACGCGUACUUUGGCCGCCCUGAAGAAGAUAACCAGGAAGACGACUACGGCGACCUCGAAGGCGCUGCUAAAGAUUUUGUCCGCAAGUUCGGCAUCACGGCUGGAGACGAUCUGGAGAAUCUGUCGGCUAUGCUGGGCGAGGGCGCGACGAGGCUACAAGGCGCUAUACGGAACUACAUGCAACAGUAGAAUGGAACACGAGGUAGUGAGAAGCUGCGAGCCGUUUCGAAGUGAGCAAGACGUGACUUAAUAGCAGACGGCGCGGUGUCUGGAGCGAGAAGAUAGAAGUGUGGGUAGGGGGGACUUUGCCUUGUUUUCGUACUUAUGGACUCAUGAAGCAUUUGGCAUGAUCUGGUCUGGCAUGAUUUGGUUGGACACCACGAGGGGGGGAGGGUUUUAUCCGGAUAGACAAAGCAACGACAACCUGAAUGAACUGUUUUACAACCCGCAAAAAAACACCAUGAACCGCAAUACAUCAAGC